AUGCUGGGGUUCCACUCGUGGACUUGCUCGCUUUUACUCCUCUUAGUUCUGCUCUCUGCCAGCGUUCAGACUGUGUCCUUAUCAGGACAGAGGCUCCAGAUGCUCCUAUCGCAGUUGCUGCCCCGGGAGCCCGAGUCCACACCGGCUGAAGAGGACACGAAGGAGGGGUCCGGUUUUGGCCCUCACUUGCUCUCCUCCACACUCCCUUUCCUCCCAUCUGGGGCUAGAGCUUCCCGUCCCUCUCUCUGGCGCAAGACCCUCGCCAGUCGCAAGUGGGCACUGCCUCGAGAUUGGGCCUGGAAGGCCGUGCCCAGGGGCUGCUUUGGCUUGAAACUGGACCGGAUUGGGACCUUCAGUGGUUUGGGGUGUUAA